AUGGAGCGACAGACACUGUUUGUGACGUCACACGAAAAGAUUCGUGUGACAGCCGCGGUGGUGGUUUCUGUGGAGCGAAGCAGCAAAGAACUUCUGGUGCGUGAUAUGCAUCUAUUCCCUAAUGAGACGCUGCGGAGUCUUCUUUAUGUCGGCUGUUCCGACGGCACACUGCACGUAUGCCAAUGUCUCACCUGUCUUAACCAAGAGGAGGUGCGAUAUGACGUGAGGACAACUUGUUUACAUAAAAAGUCUCUUUCAACUUACGGCGAGAAAAAAGUGGAUGAAAAGGGCACGGAUUUUGUCCAAGACGGUAUCGUAUUUCUUCAUGUCGAUAACAGGCUGUCGAAUCCACAGCUUCUGGUUAUUGUGGAUGGAUCUCUUGACGCACUGCAUUGUGAAGGCUUGGAAAGCUCAGGUAUUUUUCAACACCUUCCUCUCCCUUCUGGGGCCGCGAGUGUAUGCUGCGUGGCGCGGGGCCAGGAUUACGUGUUGCAUCAUGCCCAGCGUCUUGCCGUGCUUAUCAAAAGAUGGAUUGUUCUCGUUGAGUACACAGAACGAGAUUCUCGGAUUCUUCAAAGCGGCACGGAGACUCAAGAACCUGCUGCUGCCGAAUCUCUGUACAUCUUGGCACCGGAAGAUACACAAACCAUGGCAUGGCAACGAGACUUUAUUGUGACGGGCAGCCUAAAGGAGUACUGUGUGUUUGAUGUGAACACCCAUCAUUUGCGAGAACGAAUGGGGGUGGUGGAUACAUUGACCCAAGGUCUACUUUGCCGUUAUGUGGAGGGGUUUGGAGAAAGCUCAUAUAUAUUGAUUCGAAUAAGUGACGACCAGCUUGCUUUAUUUGAUGCCACAACAGAAACAGACCUUGAAACGGUGUCACCUGUUCAAUUUUCAGAAUCCGUCGUCGAUGUUGCGUGGGCACCACCAUUUUUUAUUGGCAUCAAAGCGGAUGGUGGCGUGUUGAUGCGGUCGUGGUUAGACGGUGAGGAUGAGUUUCCCCACAUUAAUGCCUCUUCUGCCUAUUCGACCUCCGGUUUUGACGGGGCACCGCAGCAGGUGCACUCCACGCCUCUCGGCAUUUAUGGUCUCUGUGGUCGCAGCGUCCAGUUCCUGUUACUGAUGCCGAGGAAGACUAUAGUCGCGCUCUACAUUGAUGCAGGUCUGUAUGAACGUGCUCUGCGCUACGUCGAUCACACACACACUGCAGAAAAAGAUGUGCAUCUACGGCGUGUCUAUAAUGUCUGUGCACGUCAUGCACUGAUGGAGAAAAAGUACACAGAGGCCUUUCAUUAUUUUGAACUGGCAUCAACACCCACACAAGAGCUAUUGGAACUUGUGCCAGAGCUGAGACGCUCACCGAAAGACACCGAUGCGUGGAAAGUUAAAGUAACUCCCACCUUGAGUAGUGGUGAAGCCUAUCAAGAUUUGUAUGAGCUGCUUCUACGCCGGCGCUCACUUGGGCUGGGCAGUAAUACAGAGGAACAAAGUGCGAUUGAAUUUGCUAUUUUUCUUCUUUACGUGCUGGAGUGUGUGCCGUAUACGGACGAUGAGUUGGCGGAUAUGUUUCUCUUAUCUUCGACUCUUGUGCCUGAAGAAUGUUUACGUUACGUCUCUGAAGACGGCAUACGACCUAAACCGAUGAUUGUGCCUUUAGUACUCGCGUGUGACGGGAGGUUUUCAGAGGCGUUGGAGUGCUGCCAAGCUCAACGUCUCGUACAUGAGGCUGCUGUUGUGUUACAAAUGAGUGGCGAGGAGCAGCUGUACAUGCAGUACUUUCCUUGGAUGCUGAGUGUCGAUAUUAAUGCUGCAUUGCUGGCAGUCGUUCGGCCGCAGUUGCGAGCACCAUCGGUUUCAAUGAUCCUCCCGAUGCUUCUUGGAUACGGUGGUUACCCGCUACACGACUAUUUGCACUUCCUAAUCUUUAUGGAAGGGAACACGCAAAGGGAGCUGCACACGCUAUACGCCACAAAUCUUAUUGAUAUUGUUUGUAGCCUGCAAUCGUUUGGUGUGGAGGGUCUCAAGGCAACUUCUGUUAAAGUGCGUGCGGGCGAGGAAUCUGGAAUUCGUGGAGCGGCACGUCGGGCGUUGUUGGUGUUCCUUCAACUUAGCUCUCAUUACGAGGCGGAUGUGGUACUUUCUUGGCUUCAGGGCGCAGGUCUGGUCGAGGAAGAGGUCUUGGCGAUGAAACAGGCCGGUGACCACAUUGGCGCCCUGACAAAACUUGUGUACGAGUUGAACGAUGUCGCCGCCGCGGUGCGGUAUUGCGAAGAGCAGCAUGCACGCGAGCUUCAAAGUCGGCGUGGUAACGUCUUUAAAUGGUCCCUCGAGACCAAAGAAUUUAAUGAGUCCGCGGCUUUGCCAGCAUGUGAUGAGCCUUUACACGAAACAUUUGCGGAUAGAGACGACUCCGUGUGGCUUGCAGGGAAUCGCUACAUGGUUCAGGGAAGCCGUGCAUUCAAUGAAUACUUCAACAUCCUUCUUCAUGUGUUACUUGUUCCACCGGCAGGUAAGAAGAGACUUCUCUCGGAGGCUCUUUGGGUUCUCAAUGAGCAUUCCCCAUGUAUCAAUCCGCUAUCGGUUAUGACAACCCUACCGAGUGAGGUGUGUGUGGCGGAGAUAUCGUCAUAUCUUGUACGUGCGUUCCAGACGCUAUGCAACCAGGUUCAGAUGGCGGAGAUCAAUGCCAAUUCGGUGGCUUCUAUGGUUGCUGAUGCAGAACGGCACAAUGCCUUGCUUAGACAGAGAUGUGUGUAUGUGGACGAGAAGCGACCGUGUGCCGUUUGCGGCAAGGCGCUUGGGGUGGGAGUGAUAGCGGUCUUUCCGAAUUUGAAGGCGACACACUUCCGUUGUUUUCAUGCUCAAGAACUGGAUCCGGAGCGUGGGGUGCCAUUUCGGCCAGACCUGUGA